AUGGUUUCCCACACUCGUUUCCUCCUCCUCGCCUCGCUGGCUAUCACUUCAUUUGCCGCUCCAUCUCAACGGUGGAAAGGACCACCUCCAUCAGGCUCAGGCGACUGCGGCAAGGCGAUCUACUUGAUCACAAACGACCAAACAAACUCAGUCGUCGCUUUGCCCAUUGGGGCUGAUGGCAAACUGUCGAAUGGAAGUGUGACCGCAACAGGGGGCUCCGGAUCGAACAGCAUCGACAGCUCCAACGGGAUGCCGGCAGCUCCAGAUGCCUUGGUCGCGCAGUCAUCCUUGACGAGAGCUGGAAAUAAAAUUUUCGCAGUCAAUGCAGGUAGCAACACCGUAUCAAUGCUGUCCUUUGACCCUAAGAAUCCCACAUCCCUCAAGCUGGUCGGACAACCUGUGUCUCUCCCAGGACAGUUCCCCAACACGGUCGCGGCAUCGGGCAAGAACAAUCUGGUGUGCGUCGGCACGACAGGUCAGGUCAAUGGAGUUUCGUGUUCGACUUUCUCCGCGCAAGGACUCAGUGCCAUGGAUGAUCUGAGAUCGUUCGACAUCAACCAGACGACCCCACCGAUGGGCCCAUUGAACACCGUUUCGCAGCUCUUCUUCUCCGAAGACGAAUCCCGUCUCUUCGCUACUGUCAAGGGAGACCCGACCGUCAACAACACGGGCUUCUUCUCAGUGUUUCCGGUUCAGGCUCCAGGGUGCAGUGGCGUAGGGACCUUGUCCAUGCAAGACACGCGGAGCUCGCCUGCAGGUACCGCUGUCUUGUUCGGAUCUAAGAUCAUCGAGGGAACCAACAACGUCUUUGUCACGGAUGCGUCAUUCGGCGGUGCAGUACUCUCUGUCGACCCGGCGAGCAACGAGGCCUCACUUGUCGCAAACCAAACCAUCGACGGACAGAAAGCGACCUGUUGGGCCACAAUCUCCAAGAAGACAGGCAGCGCAUUCGUCACGGACGUUGGGGUGAAUCGUCUGGUGGAAAUGAGUCUGACUGAUGCCAGUAUUCUGUCCACCACAGACCUCUCAGCCAAUGGAGACCCGGGCCUCAUUGAUCUGGUUGCGGCAGGGAACUUCAUCUAUGCUCUGUCUCCCGGAAACGGAACCACGCCGGCUGCCGUCAGCGUGGUGGAUGUGUCUGGAGGUCAAGGGUCUGCGAAACUCGUCCAGCACUUCUCCCUCGCGUCGAUGGGUGUGGGGAAGAAUGCUCAAGGCAUGGCUCUGUUUUGA